GUCUCGUAAAGGCAUUCUAAAACUCAACACACAAACUUUAUUUAUUCUUUUGUUGAGAACUCAAAAAGAUAGGAAAGAAAUAUGUAGAACUCAAAAAGAUAGGAAAGAAAUAUGUUCUUUUUUCUAUUUAUUGCUAUACCUACAUAGUCCUAUAAAGCACACCUACUAAAACUCUCUUCACUGAAUGCUAAACAGUAAAGUCUUUAGCUGCAGCCUUUUCAAUCCACAAAAUCUUUCCUCACAGAUUUCCUCCCCACUCCAACCUCACUUCAAAAAUUCCACCAAUUUCAUAUAGUAUACUUUAAUUUCAAAUUUCCUUAUAUUUCUUUCUCGAUCUAUUUAUGCACAGCUUAUUGGCAGUGAAUAAUUUUUCCUUACUGAAGAAAAUCGAAGUGAAAAAGUUAAGAGAAAUUAUGUUGGACUAUGAACGGGAAACUGGCGAGGAAACCACUCAAGAAACUGACCAAAACGAUGAAUUUUUUGACCCUUUUGUCAACCCUCAUGCCCAUUUUUCUCCUAUAAGAAACCACCUCGACCAACAACAACAACAAAUACAAAAUCUGCAAUUUCCCCAAUUUCAAACAACUCCAAAUAACAACCAUUUUAGCUCCUUGUACAACCCACACACUUACGAUGAAACACAUCGUACAUCCAUGGUUUCUUUACAACCAACCGGUUCGGCCGGGUUCAAUAUGGUUUUACCAAAAAGCGAACCCCAGUUUAUGGGUGAUAUUGAUUUCACUAAUACUAGUAGGAUUGGGUUGAAUUUGGGCGGAAGAACAUAUUUUGCAUCGUCAGAAGACGAUUUCGUGAACCGGAUUUUCCGACGGACUAGGGCGGUGGAGGACGGUUCAGUUAACUCGCCGAAGUGCCAAGCUGACGGCUGCAACGCUGAUCUCACUCACGCGAAGCACUACCACCGACGACACAAAGUGUGUGAGUUUCACUCAAAAGCUGCCACUGUUAUUGCCGCCGGUUUGACUCAGCGCUUCUGCCAACAAUGCAGCAGGUUCCAUGUUCUGUUGGAAUUCGAUAACGGGAAAAGAAGUUGCCGGAAAAGAUUGGCAGAUCACAACCGGAGAAGGAGGAAGAAUCAGCAAGUGAUAAACAAGAAGCAGCCUCAACUUGACAGCCCCCUGAAUUCAUCAUCCGACAAGCUUAAUUCAAAGUCUCCAGCUGAAUCAGGAGCACAUUCAUCAACAGUGACAGUGGCCAUAUCACCACCAAGUAAUUCAAUGGGUUGUUUUAGGCAAAGAACAUAUCAGCUAGCUGCGGCUGCUGCUGAUGCAACAACAACAACUUCCUCAACAUCAAUAAGCUCACUCUUCUUCUCAAAUGGGUGACCAAAUUAAUCUAUUUUAAUUUCUUUUGAACUUCUCAUAACUUCAAGCUUGCUUUAAUGGCCACAACAAUCUAGUAUUUUAGUACUA